AGCUGUUUUUGCCUCAUUAUUCAGCUUUUGUUGGGUUAACUUUGAGUUUGGAAGAAACUCAUGGGGGAGGAAUACGAUGCCGUGAAUCUGGUUAUGUUGGGAGUAAUCUCAUGGACUUCACUUUUUCUAUUCAUCAGAAUAAUCUUCCCCACACGCUCCUUUGGAUUCUGCAACCGCAUCGUUUCCACGAUCCAUGCUAUUUUGGCUGUGAUUUCAGCCUGGCUCUCUGUUGAAGAUUGGAGCUGCCCACUUUGUCCUGCGGAUUCAACCUCUUAUCUCAAGCAGAAGCAAACUUUGGCUGUGACAGAAGCUUAUCUUAUAUAUGACACGAUAUGCUCCCUCUUCGGUAAUCAGUUCAGUUUUGACAACACAUUUCAUCACUUGGUCUGCAUCUUUGGUAUUACGGCUGGCUUUGCCUUCCAAAAGUGUGUAUCAGAACAAGUUGCGGCAUUAUUCAUAACGGAGAUCUCAAGCCCUUUCCUCCACGCCAGGGAGCUGCUUAAAGAAGUCGGUUACAGGGACACUGGCCUCAAUUUUGCAGCAGAUAUCACAUUCUGCGUAAUAUUCUCGGUAGCGAGGAUGGUGGGUGGACCCUAUCUCACUUUCAUCGUUCUGUCAGCUAAUAAUCCUGUAUUGCUCAAGGCAAUGGCCCUAGGAUUGCAAUUAGUGAGUGCUUUCUGGUUCUUCAAGAUUGUAAAGAUGGUGAAAUACAAGCUGAUGAAAAGAAGAAAGGUGGGUCUGGUUUCUACUUUGCAAACGAAAAUAUUGGACUAGGGCAGUGUUACAUAC